AUGACCGUGUCCGUCCAGCAGCUGACAAAGGAGCUGGAGAUCUUCGGCGUGGACUGCGAGGAGUCUCUCACUGAGAAACUGGCAGAGCUGUGUGCGCAGUAUGGACAGAGUGAGGAGGAAAUGGUACGCGAGUUCAUAGCCUUCUACACCAGCACACAGAAAGACUGCCUUACCUCAGAGACCCUGAGCUCUUUUGAGCAUGAGUGUCUGAGCAAAAGGUCCAAAGCCCGUCACAGUGCCUCCAAGGACAGUGGGCAUGCGGGAGCCAGAGACAUUGUUUCCAUACAAGAGCUAAUUGAAGCGGAGGAAGAAGAGGAGACCCUCUUGAACUCUUAUACCACACCCUCUAAGGGUUCUCAGAAGCGAGCUGUCACCACCCCAGAAACCCCCUUAACAAAAAGGAGAGUUUCUGCCCGCAGCCCCCACGUGCUCCUCUCACCAUCGAGUUUCUCUCCAAGUGCGACUCCCUCUCAGAAAUACAACUCGAGAAAUAACCGGGGAGAAGUGGUUACGUCCUUUGGCUCAGUGCAGGGCGUGUCCUGGUCCGGGAGAGGAGGAGCCGGUGCCAUCAGCCUGAAGGUCUUGGGGUGUCCAGAAUCACUAACUGGGAGCUACAAAUUCAUGUUCCAGAAGCUCCCCGAUAUUCGAGAAGUUCUGACCUGUAAGAUAGAAGAACUUGGCAGUGAACUCAAGGAACAUUACAAGAUUGAGGCUUUUACUCCUGUUCUAGUUCCGGCACAAGAGCCUGUCACGCUGCUGGGCCAGAUUGGCUGUGAUAGCAAUGGGAAGCUGAACAACAAGUCGGUGAUUCUGGAGGGAGACCGAGAACAUUCCUCUGGCGCUCGAGUCCCAGUGGAUUUAUCUGAGCUCAAAGAAUACUCUCUGUUUCCCGGACAGGUUGUGGUUAUGGAAGGGAUCAACUCCACUGGCAGACAGUUUGUUGCCACUAAACUCUACGAGGGUGUGCCGCUUCCAUUUUACCAGCCCUCCGAAGAGGAUGGAGAUUUUGAACAAAACAUGGUCCUGGUGGCCUGUGGACCAUACACCACAUCUGACAGCAUCACGUAUGACCCCCUGCUUGACCUGAUUGCCAUCAUCAACCAUGACCGGCCCGACGUCUGCAUCCUGUUUGGCCCUUUCCUGGAUGCUAAGCAUGAGCAGGUUGAGAACUGUCUCCUGACGAGUCCAUUUGAAGAAGUUUUCAAGCAGUGUCUACGCACGAUUAUUGAAGGGACACGAAGCUCCGGUUCCCACCUUGUCUUCGUCCCGUCGCUGAGAGAUGUGCACCACGAGCCUGUGUACCCACAGCCGCCUUUCAGCUACUCCGAUCUGCCUCCUGAGGACAAAAAGCGAGUGCAGUUUGUGUCCGAGCCCUGCAGCCUCUCUAUAAAUGGCCUGGUCUUUGGCUUGACAUCCACGGACCUGCUCUUCCACAUGGGGGCCGAGGAGAUCAGCAGUGCUUCUGGAACUUCAGACAGAUUCAGCCGAAUACUCAAGCACAUCCUGACGCAGAGGAGCUACUACCCACUGUACCCUCCCCAGGAAGACAUGGCCAUUGACUAUGAGAAUUUCUAUGCCUAUGCACAGCUGCCUUUCACCCCAGAUGUCCUCAUAGUCCCAUCAGAGCUCAAAUACUUUGUCAAGGAUGUCCUCGGCUGUGUCUGUGUGAACCCCGGGCGCCUCACCAAAGGGCAGGUGGGGGGCACCUAUGGCCGGCUCUACUUCAGGAGGCAGACCGUGGACGGGGAGGAGAGGCGGAGUCCGUGUGUUGCCGCCCAGGUGGUGAGGAUCUGA